AAAGUGGGGGAGUGUGCAUGCAUGUAUGGGAUUGUGAGAGAGUGGGUGGGAGACAGAAUGAGAGAGGGAGAAUGAAAGAAAGAAAGAAAGAAAGAAAGAGAGUGUAAUAGAGAGAGAGACUGAAAAAGAGAAAGAAAGACUGAAAGAGAGGACAAGACUCUGGUGACAUCAGCACUGCCCUCCCUCUCUCUGAGUGUAUAGAUGGUUCGAUCUCUGUCCCUCGCUCUCACACACACGCACACAUGCAUACACACACCCCAUCCUACUAAGUCAGCCCUGCACACACACACUCUCUCACAAAGUCAGUGAACUGGACCGAAGGCAUCUGGACCAGAGAAGAGCGGAGCCGGCACUGGACAAGCGCAGCAAGAGGCGUGAAGAUACCUGACGCAGUCCAAACGCGGUCUCAAGUGAUCUGAAGCGGUCUCAAGUGAUCUGAAGCGGUCUCAAGUGAUCUAAAGUGAUCUGACGCAGUCCCAAAGUGGUCUCAAGCAGUCUCAAGUGAUCUCAAGUGAUCUGCAGACCUUAAGGAGUCUCUAGCACUCUGAAGCUGUCUGAAGAGGUCUUAAGUGGUCCUAGGCAGUCAUUAGUGGUCUGAGGAGAUCUGACAUUCUCUACAGAGAUCUGAAGAGGACCUGAGGGGUCUGAAGUGGUCUAUCAAGGUUUUGCUCUUCCAGCCGACUGGUCACUAUGCUCGCAAGAAUCUUCCUCACCAUCCUCUGCAACCUCCUCCUCGCUGUUAGCGGUUCAACGCAGGACACAACAGGUGAGAAGAAGCUGAGGGUCCAGAUCAAUGCCACUGGCGACACCAUAGUGCUGCGGUUCAUCCGGCCGCAGGAGAGCGUGAGGCUGGAGGGCUAUGUGCUGGGCUACGGAGGGAGCAUGUUCUCCAAACAGUACAUCCAGCUGCCCAACGAUGCACAGCCUUACCACGGAGAGAUGGAUGCUGAGCCCAAGUACCUGAUCUCAGUCCAGCCCAUCAAACCCAAUGAAGUGAAGAAACAGUGCCCAGGUAAACUGGACCUGCAGAGACCUCUGCACCUGGUGAUUGGCUCCGUCACCCCCACUAAGGUGAUGCUGUCCUGGGGAACUCUUCUCAAGACCCCCUACACAUUCACCACUGACGACUGCCCACAGGACGGGCAGUACACCAUUCGUUACCGUGAGCAGGACACCACCCCAGAGCCCACCCCUGAGCCCACGCAGGCGCCGGACCACCAGUGGAAGUACCAGACGUGCCCCAGCAGCUCCACGGUCAUCGAGCAGCUCAAGCCCAACACGCCGUACGAGUUUGAGGUGCGGGCCGACACCGAGGAGGGCACCAGCGAGUGGACGCCACCUGUCGUCCACAACACCAACGUCAGUGUCACAGAGAAGCUUGUGUCCCUCAUUGAGAAAGGCAACAAAGAGAUUGAGAAACCCUUCAAACCCCCUGUGAUACCCAUCCUGCCAGGCCCUAAGGAGACGUUUGUGGUCAGGCCAGUCCCUCUUCCCAGGAAUCUCAGUCUUCCAGGAAACAGGAGAAUUCUGGAUGCCACUCCUACCUGGGCCCUUCCCACAGCAUUUACACCAAUCACAAUCCCCCCUCCACAGAGCCACACCCACAAAAACAUGACCACACCCACAACCAACACCAAUCAGCAUAGAGAGACUCAACGCGUGCCUAAAACUAGCGUGCAAAAAAAAGACAAGCUACACCACUCUAAAGCUAAAACUUCAGGCCAGCAUGUGCCCACUCCACCCAAAGUACCGGCCCCAGGCCAAGACCCCCAACACCAACGCCUCACCACCACCACACCCACCAGAAACAUUCACCAUAAACACAGAAAUAGACGACCACAUCUAGAUGCUAAAUACCAGCCUAAAACAAGCGCCCCAAAACAGCGUCUACCCACCAUUACAACACCCGAUGCCCAACCCCCACCGAAAAUGACUGAGGCUAGUAACACCCAUGACUUAGCCAUGAGCAGUGGCCAAAGACAGCCUAUCCAGGGUCGACCUAAAGCUGAUACACCUGUGAAACCUGUGACCCAGAGGCAGAGAGAGAAGCCCACCACACCGGUCAGUUCUGGAAAGACCCAGUCUCCACUCAGAACCACAGAGCAGAGGAAGAAGCCCACCAGGCCGGUCAGUUCUGGAGAAACUCGGUCUCUGCUCGAUAACACUACAGUCCAGCAGCAAGGUGAACACCAGCCUUCAGCUGCCAUGUCUCCCACUGCGGAUACAUCCCUGCCAGAGAUGACCAAAUGCACAACCUCGCCAAAAACACUCUCAGCGCCUAGUACCCCUCCUGCCCACCCUCUCGCCCCUGAGUUGCGCCGCACUGGGGCAGAACAAGAGGCCGCGCAGGCCAACAAUGAGGGAACACCAGACACACACACACAGAUUCACACAACGAAACGCCAACCCGCUGACACUCAGUCAACGCACAACACAGAACAAACAUCGCUGGUUGGCAUGGCAACCCCUGCAGAUGUGCGCCCAGAUAGUCAGUCACCAGUCAGUAAGGUCCUCCGUGGGUCAUCUGUUCACACAACUCAACACGUCACUGAAAGCUCUGCGAUGCUCCCUGACACAGACCGUGCCUUGGAAAACAAGGGCCCGGCCAGCUCUGCAAGUGAGCCAAUCACAUUUCGUGAAGGUUUAUUUCCUAGCACACCGCGCCAGCCACAUCCUACUGAACGACUGCCAAUCGCUGACAAGAAGCCAAUCAAAAUAAGCCAAAAGCCAUCGAAAAAGCCCACCAAAACCACAAAACCCUCCACGAAUGGUAAACAGCCAGGCGGAAAACAAAACAAGCCCAAACAGCAGGCAGAGAAAGUCAAACAGCCCUCCAAGGCUGUCCAGACUCCAGAUGGAACACGCCAAGAGCCAAUCAAACACAGCCAGCAAACAUCCCGAGAUAGCAAACAGCCAAUCAAAACAGGUCAAAAGCCCUUGUAUCGCAAACAAAAACAACAAACCAAUAAGGGGCCAAUCAAAACAGCCCAGAGGGUGUCCAGCACCACUGAUUGGCCGCUCACCACGGGGAGACCACAGGAUGGCCACAGUCAGAAAACUCCCAGCAGCCCCUUCAGUGUCACCCAGUACUCGCCACCCACUGCUAGACUAAGACCGACCACUACACAGCACCAGCAACACACCCACAGGACAGGCGUGGAUACCCCGGUACACACCCACAGGCCACAGAUGCUGAGCACACCUAGUCCUGUGCAAACCCAAGAGGAUCCUAAACACACAACAACAACAACAACAACAGCCAACCAAAUAUUCCAGCAGCACGACAACAGACCCCUAUUCCCCUUACACACUAUCAGCACCGCUCAAACCUCGACCACUCUGACCACCCAGCGUCCAACUCAGGCCAAUCCCAACGCAACACCCCACACACACAUCCAGAGUGUUACCCCGGUCACCCCCAACUCCUCCAGAGAGACCGGUCCUCAUCUUGCCACAGCGAAACGACCGCAUAGCCCCCUGGCUGCCGCUCCACCACAGCACGGACAACCUGCCCCUAGUCCCACGCUGGUCAGUGAGAAGGCCGGUAACGAAAGGGGUCGUGGCAGCCAGCGGCCUGGUAUGUGGUUGCCGGGGCCACGCCCGUCUGUCACCACCCUCUUACGGACCCGCAGGCCACGCCCCGGUCCCGCACCGGUCAUCAACCGACCGCGCAGCAGAAACUCCACCUUCUCUCCCCGCAAAACAGAUGUGGCUGUGGAGGGAAUGCAGGGUGUUACUCUCACCAAACCAGCACCCAAGGCUCGCAACGAAUCGUCUGUGCUCAAGCCUAGGCUCCGCCCGCUGAAAAAUGGCCUCAAUCAGGUGGUGAAGCCCAAGCAGGAGGACAAGGGGCGUGUGCACGUGAAGCAUGUGGACCCUGAGCCCGCCCUCAAGGCCAUUGCCUCGCCCAUCACUCGGGAAACCACCUCUCAGAAGCCCCAGAAAGCACCGACUACCACCACCACCACCACCACCACUAGCACCACCACCACUAGCACCACCACCACCACAACUCAGAUGGUUCAAGCCACUACACCUUUCUCUUACUUCAACGCCACUCGUUUUGACUCCGGAGAGAACGCGUCCAUCUUUAGCCCUGAGCCCACCUCCAAAAUGGACGCCAUGGGGAAGGAGCGGUUCACUGCCCCACAUGUGAUCUACCAGACGGACAAGGCCCCCGAGGAGCCGUGCUCUAUCACGCAGACGCUCAGCCACUUCCCCGAGGACGAGCCCAGCGAGGUCAACGUCACCGCGCCCCCCCGCCUGCCCCCCACCAACCUCACCGUGGUCGCUGUGGAGGGGUGUCCCUCCUUCGUCAUCCUGGACUGGGAGAAGGCCGACAACGAGACCACAGAGUAUGAGGUCACUUCGUCCACUAAAGGUCCUCAGGGAAAAGAGGUGUCCAUCCUCGUUACCAACAAAACACACACAGCUGUGGAGAACCUCAAGCCAGAGAGCAGGUACGAGUUCACAGUGACGCCCAAGAAUGAGCUGGGCGUCGGCCCCUCAACUGACCCAGUCACCUUCAGCACAGAGUCAGCGGAUCCUCGUGUAGCGGAGGUCACAGGCAAGCGCGCCAUCUGGUCCACGUUCCCCUUCAAGCUGGACAUGAGCUCGGAGUGCAAUGGACCGCAGUACAUCAAGCGGACCUGGUACCGCAAGUUCGUGGGCAUCCAGCUCUGCAACUCGCUGCGCUACAAGAUCUACCUGAGCGACUCCCUCAGGGGGCCGUUCUACCACAUCGGGGACCAGUCAGGUCAUGGGGAGGAUCAUUGUCAGUUCGUCGACUCUUUCCUGGAUGGACGCACAGGCAGCUCUACACCAUUCAACAAGCUCCCCGAAACAGAAGGUUUCUACAGGGCCAUGCGCCAAGAACCAGUGGAAUUUGGAACCAUCGGUGGAAAUUCCCACAUUAACUACGUCUCCUGGUAUGAGUGCGGAGUAGCUAUCCCUGGCAAGUGGUAGGACCCCCGCCCCCAACGCUGGCUGGCUGUCCACAGAUCUGCCCGAGUGUAGUAGCGAGACGUCCAGACAGACUGCCUGAUCUGAAGUGCCAAGAGAAUCCUGCCGCUCUGGAGGCCGGACAGUAGAGUGCAGCCUUCUCUUGAGCAUGUGUGUAAAAUAUAUCUGUAAACACACACACACACACACACACCCACCCACACACACUACUCCUAAGCAUAUGUGUAAAAUAUAUCUGUAAUCACACACACACACAGCCUACUCCUGAGCACGUGUGUAAAAUAUAUCUGUAAUCUUCAAGAGUUAGUGACUAACAGCAACAAGAGCGCGCACAUACACACACACAGACUACACAGACACAGUUAGGGAGAGCGAUAAAACACAGACUGGGAGGUUUGUCAGAUGUGGUCAGAUCAGGUGCUCUUAUUUAUGAAACAUAUCAGUACACAGUACACACACACACCUCCAGCCACUUAACUAAUCAAUAAUUUUCAAAAUCAAGGCACAAACCAUAUGUAUGGUCAUCAUAUCACACAGAGUAUAGAUCACAGCUUUGCCAAACAGCAACACAAACACACACACACGUACCAUUACAGCUUUGCUGAACAUGAUAAGGGGUCCAGGUGGUCUCUGCAUAAAUACACACACACACACAGACGUAUUUAUUCUGUAUGUAUAUGAUGUAAUAGAGCUUAUUUAACUCAGAGAGGCGUAUGACCUUGCUAUCAUAUCAGGAUGGGAUCAUUGAGUGUCUGGAAGUCUGGUUUGAGUGAAUGAGUGUGUGUGCACAUAUCUUUGUAAUAACAAGUCUGUUUGUGUAUUUUGAUGACAGAGAUUGUGUGUGUUGCGUGAAGCGUGUGUGUGUGGUUGUGUGCGGAGUAUAAGAAAGUGGUUUUCUGUUUGUGGUGGUGACAGCGUGUCUGUUGGCUUUCCGUCAGCUGGGUUUACAGAAACAGAAAGCCAUCUGCCCUCAAGUUUACAAACGAAGGAUUUUAUUAUACGAGAAUUUGUAGGGAGAAACUCCCCGACUAUACAGAGCAUAAUUUUAUUUUUGACAUGUAUGUGACGUAUUAUGUAAUAUUUUCUGUAAUAAAAGUGUAAAUUAAA